AAUCAAAGUGAUUAUUGUGGUUUUAUACUUCGACGUCGAACGAUCUGUGGAUAGAGGAGGGGUUGCAAAUGUGGAAUUGUCAGUAAUUCGAGUAAGAUCUGUUAUAACUGCUUAUAAGAGGAUAUACGGAGCUAGAGGAUUGAUUGACUGAUACAUUAGGCUCUAUAUAGAAAUCUGGCCUUGAAGGCCGAAUUCAGUGAAACAUGACAGUCAAACAAAGUCUGCUCGUGUCCCUUCUUUUCAUCGGAACAUUCGUUGGAAGUCAGCGGACCGACAUUCGUCUAGUUGGUGGGAGAAAUAACCGAGAAGGCCGGGUUGAACUCCUAGUUGAUGGCGAGUGGGGUACAGUAUGUGACGACGCAUGGGGUACGUCGGAUGCCACCGUGGCAUGUCGUCAACUCGGGUUCGGAUCAGCCGACAGUAUCACCGUUAAUGCUGACGUAUUUGGGGAGGGUACAGGCCCUAUUCAUCUAGAUGAUGUUGCUUGUUCUGGUGACGAGCCAUCGUUAAUCGCCUGCACCCAUAGAGGACUGGGGAACAAUAAUUGCGGCCAUUCUGAAGAUGCAGGUGUGAGGUGCUCUCUAUCAACACCAACAUCGGGAAUUCAAGAUAUCGAACUAGAAGGAGGUACAACCCCUCUAGAAGGACGGGUGCGGAUCAACGUCGGAGGAGAGUGGGGAACAGUCUGCGAUGAUCGUUGGGAUCUGGACGAUGCUACAGUGGCCUGUCAACAACUCGGUAUGGGUUCGGCAGUGGACGUGCGUUCGUUUGGUCCUGGAAGUGGAACUAUAUUACUGGAUGACCUUGGAUGUACAGGAACUGAGAGUUCUUUAACUUCUUGCAGUUACAACGACAGGCACAACUGUAAUCACGGGGAAGAUGCCGGGGUUGUCUGUUCAGGUUCGACAGUAGCGGAAAAUGUUCGCUUAGUCGGAGGGCCUUCCAAUAACGAGGGUCGUGUUGAAGUAUUCAUCAAUGGUGAGUGGGGAACAGUAUGCGAUGACCUGUGGUCCCUGACAGAUGCGAAUGUAGCAUGCAGACACUUGGGCUUCGGGCCAGCCAUUUCAACACCAGGCGCGACUGCCUAUGGGCAAGGAUCUGGUCCUAUUCUCAUGGACAAUGUUGAGUGCCAAGGCGAUGAGACAUCACUACUGACUUGCCCAUACCAAGAAACUCACAACUGUCAUCAUGCAGAAGAUGCAGGUGUCAUGUGUGAUACUUCAGAUUCUGCUGCAGCGCAGUUCCUGCAGCAUUCCAUUCGUCUAAGUGGGGGAUCUACAGAGUAUGAAGGUCGAGUCGAAGUCCUCAUCGACGGUCAAUGGGGAACAGUCUGUGACGAUUUGUGGUCUUGGCCUGAUGCUCAUGUUGCAUGCAGGCAACUCGGCUUUGGACAGGCCAUUGCGCUCAGGGAUUCGGCAGACUUCGGACAAGGCACAGGCCCUAUCUUAAUGGACAAUGUAGAGUGUAAUGGGGAUGAGGCAUCGCUUGAGAACUGUGUGUUCCUGAGUAGCCAUAAUUGCGGACAUGUGGAAGAUGCUGGCAUUGAAUGUGCACCACCUGAUUCUUCUGAAGGGGAGUCGACUAUUCGUUUAGUUGGGGGAUCAACAGAGUAUGAAGGACGAGUAGAAGUAUACCUUGCAGGCCAGUGGGGUACGGUGUGUGAUGAUCUCUGGACCUUGGACGAGGCAAACGUUGCAUGUAGAGAACUUGGUUUCGGGUCAGCCAUUUCAGCGCUCGGUGUUGCUACGUUUGGGGAAGGCACAGGUCCUAUUUUGAUGGACAAUGUAAAUUGCAAUGGACACGAGACAUUUCUGACUUCUUGCGAGUUUACGUCCAGGCACAACUGCGGUCACAGUGAAGAUGCCGGCAUAAAGUGCACAUCGCCAGAUUCUACAGAGACGCAAGAGAAUCAGUCGAACAUACGACUCGUUGGAGGUUCUACAGAACUAGAAGGCCGUGUGGAAGUAUACGUUAAUGAUCAAUGGGGGACAGUUUGCGACGAUCUGUGGACCUUAACUGAUGCGAAUAUUGCUUGUAAGCAACUUGGCUUCGGUCCAGCCUCGCUAGCUCCUGGUUCUGCCACGUAUGGACAAGGUCUAGGUCCUAUUCUCAUGGAUAAUGUGGAAUGCAGUGGCGAUGAAAUGUCUCUAAAGUCCUGUCCGCAUUUGACCAGUCACAACUGUGGACAUCAGGAAGAUGCAGGGGUGGUGUGCUCACCUCGAAGUGAUUCUAGCUCGGUAAAUCGACGCUCUAUCCGUCUAGUAGGAAGUUCUUCCCCCUAUGAAGGUCGAGUAGAAAUACUUGUAGCUGGCGUAUGGGGAACCGUUUGCGAUGAUUUAUGGGAUAUACAAGACGGUAUGGUCGCCUGCAAUCAAUUGGGGUACGGGCGGGCAACAGCAGUCAGGGGCUCGGCGAGUUAUGGCCAGGGGACUGGUCCCAUUCAUCUCGACGAUUUGAGAUGCGCCGGGGGUGAAAGUAUGCUGAUAUCUUGCCGCCAUGCUGGUAACACACACAACUGCAACCACGGUGAAGAUGCUGGCGUAGUAUGUUUACCCCCUGAAGGGGAAGAACCUCCAACCGAACCAGCCACCACUAUCCGCUUAGUUGGUGGUUUCUCGCCGUACGAGGGUCGACUUGAAGUUUUCAUCAACGGGCAAUGGGGAACAGUAUGUGACGACUUGUUCUCUUUGAUUGAUACCGAUGUUGCAUGCAGACAACUCGGCUUUGGAUCAGCUAGAGCUGUUAGAGCGUCUACAUAUGGGGAUGGAUCAGGCCAGAUACUCAUGGACGAUGUUCAGUGCUCCGGGACUGAGGCAUCUCUAGUUUCUUGUCAGUAUUCUAGGUCUCAUAAUUGUAGGCAUUCAGAGGAUGUCGUUGUUUGCAACGCACCAGAAGGAACUCAGACAGUCGAUAUACGACUAGUAGGAGGAUCUUCACCUAAUGAGGGACGUGUUGAAGUCUUAAUCAAUGGCCAGUGGGGAACUGUUUGUGAUGAUUUGUGGGAUAUGACCGAUGCAAACGUUGCGUGUCGUCAGCUUGGCUUUGGGUUCGCUACUGCGGUCAGAGACUCUACCGUUUUUGGCCGAGGAUCAGAUCCCAUUUACAUGGACAACGUGGAGUGCGAUGGGACAGAACCAUCCCUGCUCUCUUGCAUCCAUUCUCCUACUCAUAAUUGCCAACAUCAGGAGGAUGUCGGCAUCGUCUGCCAACCACAAGAUACGCAAAAAGCGCUUGUUCGUUUGGUCGGAGGUUCAACGGAGUACGAAGGACGAGUAGAAGUGUACAUCGAAGAUAUAUGGGGAACUGUCUGUGAUGAUCUUUGGGAUAUCACCGACGCAAAUGUUACAUGUAGGCAACUUGGAUAUGGAAAUGCUCUGGCUGUUAAAGGUACCGCUGUAUUUGGCCAAGGUUCUGGCGCCAUUCACAUGGACAACGUAAGGUGCACUGGGCGUGAAACAUCCCUCCUUGACUGUACACACGUUUCCGAGCACAACUGUGGCCACCAAGAAGACGUUGGGAUUGUGUGUAAACCACCUGCUGCACCUGUUGUUGAAUGCCCUUUGCUCGUUAGUGCGAACCAUCCUUUGAAGGUUACCUGUACUAAUGGCACUCUCAUGGGUUCUCAGUGUAACUACUCCUGUGUCGAUGGCUUCACCCUGCACGGAAGCUCGCAUAGAAAGUGCCACCCAUCCGGUUCGUGGCACCCUGAGGGAGAAGGAACUCCUACUUGCGAAGCUGCAAUUGUGACAGUUCCACCUAUCAUCGAAUGUCCUGCAUUAGGAAGACCAGCUUAUCCAAUGUCUUUAUCGUGCACUAAUAACACCCAAGAUGGUUCGGUUUGCACCUAUGCAUGUGCUGAAGGUUACAGCCUAAAUGGAAGCCCUCAACGAACCUGUGAAACAUCGGGUUCUUGGAGUCCAAGCCUAGAAGUAAUGCCAUCCUGCCAAGAUGUGUCUUGCCCAGCACUGGUUUUGGACCAUGGAACAACCCUUUGCACCAAUGACUGGAUGUAUCUGUCAGCAUGCCUGCCAAUUUGUAAUCCCGGAUAUGAACUAGAUGGACAUCGUACUGUGCAGUGCACUUCUUCAGGAAAUUGGACCGAGGAGUUACCCACUUGCCAAAUGAUAAUGUGUCAUGAGCUGCCCAGCGUAGCAAAAGGCGUUACGCAAUGCACCAAUGGUACGCAUUUAGGAUCCACCUGUACGGUCACGUGUGCCGAUGGUUUCAAAUUGGUGGGACCAGGAUCGAGAGAGUGUGAACAAAGAGGGUCCUGGUCCAGGUACCAGCCCGUUUGUCAAGAUAUUCGCUGUCCUGUACUAUCAUCUCCUCAUUUCGGAUCACUUUCCUGUACUCAAGGCUCCAGACAUGGCUCUGUCUGCACUUCUACGUGUGGAAUAGGGUAUCAAGUCAGAGGGAGCAAUGUCACAGAGUGCAACACUGACGGCACCUGGACUAACGAUGUACCUACUUGUGAAUGGAUUACUUGCAAUCCAGAAUUAGAGGCACCUGAGAACGGAAACGUGCGCUGCUUCUUUUCUCGAAUCUGUACCUACAGUUGCAAUACUGGUUUUGACCUUGUUCCAGCCACCAGUAUGGUACGGACAUGCGGGGCCAACGGUUGGUCAGGAACAACACCAACCUGCUUAGACAGUCGAGGACCCGAUUUCCAGACGUGCCCCACAGAUGCGAUGACAUUCAUCAGUGAUCCUUACCUAGAAUCGGCUACGGUUAAUUGGCGAGCGCCCUCUGCGUUGGACAAUGCUAAUAAGAAGAUCGUCGGGGUGCAUGUCUCCGGGCCUACUCCAGGUUCUUCUUUGGGAAGUGGUUCAUACCCAGUGGUAUAUAAAGCUGAGGAUACAAAUGGAAACCUAGCUUACUGUCGAUUUACCGUCGUUGUCAGUGUGAUUCGAUGUCCUGAGUUGACAAGUGAUCGUCUAGUCACAGUAAACUGCGAACAUGGAUUCCUUCGGGAUUCUAUCUGCACUUUCACUUGCUCUAUGGCUGGUUAUGAAGUGGUAGGGGAUGAAAACACUCAAUGCGUAAUGACUAGAGAUGAAGCCGUGUGGAGCAAUACAAGACCAUCAUGUACAGAUUACACAGCACCGGUGUUUACCCACUGUCCCAUAUAUCACAUAGUAUAUGCCGAAAUGAACCAGACGACAGCUAUUGUGACAUGGCGUGAACCUCUUGCCACCGACAAUUCCAACAACGAUCUACGCGUUGAAAUGAUUGCUGGAAAUGGAUCAGGAGUCGUGCAGUCUGAAGGAACAACAUUACAAGUUUAUCAAGCAGUAGAUGGCAGUGGCAAUAUUGCAGAAUGUAGUUUCAAUGUAACCGUUGAAGUGAUUCGUUGCACCAGUCCUGAGAUUCAAGGUGAUGUCAUUGCCUCUUGCACGGGAACCAUCUUGGGAUCCGUCUGCCACUUUUCCUGCCCAGAUGGUCACACCCUCCAAGGUAAUUCCAUGACCACCUGCCAACGGAUUGGUUUUGAUGGGAUCUGGUCGAAUGGUUCACCGUCAUGCUCAGAUAACCAAGCACCGGUAUUUACAAGUCUACCAGAGCCAAUAGAAGUCACUGCCCCACCUCUAGCGAUGGGUGCAGUUGUAAGCUGGGAGGUUCCUACCGCACAGGAUAACGAGGAUCCAAAUGUUCAAGUAGUCCAAAUGGCAGGACCGAACCCUGACUUGAUGCUAAGCGAAGGUUUUUAUUUGGUGAGGUACAGAGCUCGGGACAGUUCUGGAAAUGAAGCGGAGUAUACCUUCAAUAUUACAGUUAAAGUUGUGCAAUGUACUGAUCCAGAACAGGAAGUAGAUGAGGAUGUUGAGGUGAUAUGUGACCAUGGCAACCUACGUGGGUCUACCUGUGUAUAUUCCUGUCCUAUUGGUUCAGAAUUGAUUGGUUCUCAGAAUACAACGUGUGUAAUGAUGGAUGAUGAUACUCCCAUGGGGAUCUGGAACACAGAAUUACCUCCAAGGUGUCAAGCUCGUAGCUGCCCAUCACUCCCUACCCCUCCUGAAGUCAUUGUAUCGGGAUGCGAGACAGGUCUAGGAAACUCUUCAACCUAUGGCACAAACUGUACUUUCAGCUGUCCUGCAGGGUACAUCGGAGAAGGAGAAGCUGUGAAAUACUGCCAGGCUGAUGGAACGUGGUCAACUACAGAUUUUGCUUGCCGAAGACGUCAAUGUACAGGGCUGGGUGGAAAUGGUAUAUUUACCGCUCUGCCACACAAGUGUUUGGGAUUCCCUGAAUAUGAACAAGUCUGUGUCGUGUCAUGUCUUCGUCCUGGCUACCAGCUUCAAGGGCCUGGUUUGGCCGAGUUCCAGUGCAUGGAAAAUGGUACAUGGAACCAAACUUUAGACGAAUUCUCUUGCAUUGACAUCGAACCACCAGAACUUCUAUUUUGUCCCGAAUCAUUCAUCGUUGCUAAAACCAAUCCUGAUGGGGUAGAAGUGACCUUUGACCUACCAUCUGCACGUGACAACAGUAAUGGCAGCCUUAAACUAGUGACAACACCAGAAAACCUGACUUCACCUUAUUUCAUUUCCCAUGAUUCAUCAUUCUCAUUUGAGUUCUUUGAUGGUGGUAACAACAGUGUGAAAUGUACAUUCGACAUUCAGGUUAAAGAGGAGUUUGGUGUUGACAUCCUAUAUUGUCCAGAAGAAGUUACUGUGGAAACAGAGAAAGAAGCCAACGUAACGUGGCCUCGGCCAAGGUUCCGCGGGGAGAACUUGACCAACAUAGAGAUAACAAGCUCCAUCAAUGGCACCUCAGCAAUGUUACAGAUUGGCUUCUAUCCUAUCGAGUAUACGGCAGUUAAUAAAUUCACGGGGAAGGAGUCUACAUGUCGAUUUAAUAUCACAGUUAAACCGCUUCCAUGUCCCUUGCUCGAUUCACCUCUAAAUGGCGCAUUGUCGUGCCGUAAAUGGGAAACCAUCGAUAUCUGCAGCAUGUCCUGCAAGGAAGGCUAUGACAUUCCUCGUUUAUCAUCAAGACAACAACCUCCAACACUCUACACUUGUUCUGCAUUGCAGGGUUCAUCCAGGGAAUGGAAACCCAAUGCCAAUGUCGUGGAUUGUUCAGAGGUCAAAGGGAGGCGGUCCCAACUGCCAGCUGGACUAAUCUAUUACGAAGGUGACUGUGGUCAGUUGGUGACCCAACAGAACAUUGCUUCGGCCCUAACCACCCUGAUCCAAGCCUCAACGUUUAGCGAUCUUUGCCAACACAAGCAGUGUUCUGUCACGGACGUAUCUGUCACUUGUGGACCAUUGGACAUCCUGUCACCACCACCUGCCCAAAGACGUCGAAGAAUGGUCAGAAAUGAUGCGAUGUCCACAGACAGGUUGUCCGGCGCAGGUCGUCUUAACGUACCCAGGGCCUCCUGGGCUUCCAAUGUGACGAUGGUGUCUUUCGACAUAUCGACAAGGUACGACAUCGUCGACGAUUCCAUAGACGACGUUCCAUCCCGAAACGCCGAUGACAGCUUGGUCGAAAUCAAGGAGCAUCUUGCUCAACUGGUCCACGAGAUUAUCCUUACAGGGACUGUAGCAGGUGUAGAUGCUGACACGGUGGAACGGAUUGCUCAGCUGCCAAUUGAUGACUCAUCAUUGGUUCUUGGCGAGGUCAUAUCUACCUGUGAAAAAGGAUAUGUUUCAAGAACAGGAUCACCAAAUCAGUGUGUUGCCUGUCCGCCAGGGUUUUUCUCGGAUGGAGCUAAGGAUGUAUGCAUCCCAUGUACCAGUGGGUCUUACCAAGACGAAUCUGCACAGUCUUCGUGCAAACUAUGUCCAUAUGGUCAAACAACGUCUGAAGAGGGCGCCAAACACAUUAACGACUGUCGAGACCAAUGUUCCCCUGGAUCCUUCUCACCCUCUGGAUUGGUUCCCUGCAUACCAUGUGAUCGUCGAUCUUACCAAUCGGAAGCUGGCCAGCGAUCAUGUGACACCUGUCCCACCAAUACAAAAACGUAUAGAUACGGGGCCACCUCAAUAGAUGAAUGCGACUUUUGAGUGACUGCGUCAAACCUGAGAUGCUGCUGCUAUGGUUUAAAUUACAAAAGAUGAUUUCUUAAUUAAUAUCUGCUUUAAAAAAUUGGCUAAUGAUUUUUAUUUUUUUCGUCGAAAAAUGUAAUGGAAAAUGAAUUAGGAGAAUGAUGAAUUAUUGAAUUGGCUUAGUUUUUCCCGUUCACGAGUAGACAAAGGAUCAUGCGACCUCAUGGCCCGCCAAUUAUUGAGCAUCCUAUUUUUUAAAUUUCAAAUAUGCAAUGAAGUACUAGUACAUGGGUGUAUAGAUACAUCACUUACACUAUGUGUACGGAUUGCGGUAUUGUCCCUGAUUUGGUAAUGAUAUUUGUUUACGAUCAACGAUUUUUUUUCCAUAAAUACCCACACUACUCAAGAGCAAUGAAAUUUGUAAAGUAAUAUUAACAGUACUCGCAGUAAUCAUGAGAGCAUAUUGAAAGAACUUAUUUGUACUAUGUUGAUUUUCUUGAUUUUCAGAUAGCGGUUAUCGAUUAGAGAUGUAUGAAGUCCCUUUCAAAAGAGAAUAUUGGAUUUUUUAGUCAGAAAUAUAAACACGCAUAACAGUAUUGAAAUGCUUUACUCAGAUGUGACCAUGGUGAUUAUACAUGUCACCUCUCUGAGGAAAAUGGCAACCAUCGUUGAUUUUAAUGGGCUAAGUUCACAGUUACCACGGUUACAUGAAUGUUAAAACGGUAACUGUCGAAUUGACAACUCGUCAGUACACAUGCUCAGCUUUCAUGGAAAUAAAUUGACUUUACCAUUGUCUUGCCCCAUACAAUUUGUCCGUCAACAGCCAGUAGACCUUAUGCAUACGUCAUCGCGCCGCCAUCUUAAAGGCGAAAGCCAUUGUCUUGCAUGGGUUGGUGAUCUGCAACUGGCGAACCUUAGAUAAUUCCUUCUUCGCGUGUUUCUGUAUCCUCUAAUGGAGGGCUCUCUGAGAGUAUGACGUCACCUGCAUAAGGUCUAUAAAUGCUGUUGACGAUGUUUUAGAAUGGUAUUUAUCAGGAUGCUGGACACGUUGGAAAGGAAAUAAAGGCGCAU